ACCUACUUUGCGUCAUCUAGCUCAAAACAGAAAAAAAAAAAAAAUCUUUGUGCAUGUGUUCCAAGUUUUGCAUUCAUGGUAUGCCUGUGCAGGUGUGUCAGACUCUAACCCAUAUUUCUAUCUCUCUCUCAUUUCUUUCUCUUUUUUUUUUAACCUUUUUUCUGUUUCCUGCAAAGUUUCAGCAACCCAUUCUCAAGCUUUGUAUUUUCUCCUAUCUUCUUCCUUAAAAAGUAACCUUUCUAAACUCUAGCUGGCGGGUUGAGUUGUAUCAUGUGACUUAAAACCAACCCAUAGUUUUUCAAUUUUGCAUUUCAUUUCCAUUUCCAUUCUGGGUUUUGGAAAGCCAAUGGUUUGUCUGAUGAUAUUGGAGGGGGUUUUCUCUAUAAACUGCCAAGGGCACUUCAUUAUUUAUUAGUUUCGUCCUUUUCUUAUCUGGGUUAGUGCAUUUUUAUAGUAAUUUUUUUCUCCUUUGUUCUUUCCAAGUUGUACUACCAUUUUCGUUGUUACUACUAAUUUUGGAUACAUCUCAUUUAAUUAAAAUUAAGGGGUCUAUGAUUAAUGUGUUUUUUGUUAAUAAAUCUCUUCUGGGUUGUUAUCUAACCUGUUGUUUUCCUUCUCUUUAUUUGUUAAACUAAUACUAAAGAGCCCAAAAAAGCUGCAGCAAAGCAACCACAGUGAUCUGAAUCUUGUACAAUUUAUUUCUCGUUAAGUCUUUUUAUGGUAACAAAUACCAUUCUUCCAUUUAUAUCUGUUGUCAAAUUUCUUAUCUUUGAUUUUUAUUCCUUGUUUCAAGUUUGGUUUUUUUUUUUGGGAAAGCUACUGUUUUUCUUAAUCUGGGUAUUGACCAAAAUUUUUUAUUUUUCAGUUUCUUUCAUUCAACGUCUCUGUUAUUUUCUCAUACAGAAUCUUUGAGUUCGUUUAUCUGGGGUUUUUGUUCUAAGAAUAAUGUAAUUGGAGGCACCCAAAAUGGCAAAUCUUGUUCCAGGGGUCCUUCUGAAGCUUUUACAACAUAUGAACACAGACGUGAAGGUUGCUGAUUCAUCUCAUGCUACAUAUGUAUCAUUGCCUGAUGAACAUGAUGAUUUAAUUCUUAGUGACAAGAUCCAAUUAGGUCAGUUUAUUCAUGUUGACCGGUUAGAAUCUGUUUCUCCGGUCCCCAUUCUUCGUGGGGUUAGGCCAAUACCUGGGCGGCACCCUUGUGUAGGGAGCCCUGAGGAUAUUGUUGUAACUCAUUCCCACGGGUUCCUUAAUAAUGGUAGUAAAAGUGCCUUGGGUUCAAAAUCUGGAGAGAAAGUUAAGUCACCAUCAAAAGCAGUGUUAGGUGGUGGUCAUAGUGGAGAAAAAGAGAAAUCUGUUGGGAGUAGAUCAAAUGUUGGUGCAAAGGAAGAUCAAUUGGGUAAGAAAAUGGCUUCUUUGAUUAGAUCAAAGUCUCAAUUGACUAAACCAGCAUUGAGUUUGGAUAUUAAGAAGGCAUCUUUGGGGAAAUUGAAGGCACAAAGUUUGCAGUCAAUACCUUUUUCCCCCGCAAGUUGUUACUCAUUGCCAACUUCAUUUGAGAAGUUUGCCACUGGGAUUAAGCAGCAGGCAGAAAUAAAGAGGCUGAGGAAGGGAAGUCCCAAGGUGGGAUCUGUGGAGAAGGGAAGUCAUUUUCAUGGGGUGAGUCCAACUGAGAAAAAAGCACCUGUGAUCAAAACUUUGGUUCAAGGGAUUGAAUUAGGGGCUAAGGCUUUAAGAAAGAGAUGGGAAAGGAAUAUGGAAUCGAAGGGUAGGGACCAUUCAAAACUUAGGGCUACCAAGCAUGACACCAUGCAAGAAUCUCGGAGCAUUUCUGCUCCUAGAAAGAGCACAUCAAGCAAAAAGUUGCUGUCCAGGGAGGAGAAUAAGCUCCAGACAUCUACCAGGUCCUUAAAAAAGGAGAGUAAAUCUCUGUUGUCAACUAAGAAAGUCUUAUCAAUUGGAAUGUUGGAUGAUCAAGAGACACCAAAUAAGCCAAGAACUUAUGUUGGGAAGAAUUCUGGAGAACUAACUAAUAAUGGUACCCUGGGGAAGUUGGUUAAGUUUCCAAUAAAUGGUAAAAGAUUGACAGAUGGAAGUGUUUCAUGGGAUUUGCUACCCUCUUCUCUUUCAAAGCUUGGCAAGGAGGUCAUGAAACAUAGGGAUGCAGCACAAACAGCAGCAAUAGAAGCUCUACAAGAGGCUGCUGCUUCAGAGAGUUUACUUCAUUGUUUAAGCUUAUAUUCUGAUCUGACUACGGCUGCUAACAAAGACAACCCUCAGCCUGCGGUUGAUCAGUUCUUGACCCUCCAUGCUAGCUUGAAUAAUGCUCGCAUGACUGCAGAUUCUUUAUCAAAAACUAUUCAUAUCAGUUCAUCUCCAGAAUCCGAAGGAAACCCAUCAGAAGAGGCAGUAAAGCUCACAUCGGAUAGACGGAAACAUGCAGCCUCAUGGGUGCAAGCUGCAUUGGCUACUAAUCUAUCAUCCUUCUCUGUAUUUAUCGAAGAACAUAAUUCAAUGCUGAGUCAUGCUUCAGCUUCUGCACAAAGCCAGAAGACUAUCCCUGCCAAGCAAAACAUAUUAACCAUAGAAAAUUCUGCUAAGAAUGCUUCUGCAAAAGCCCAAGGGAAAACCCGUUCAGUAGUUGGCUCUAAGCUUGUAGCACAGGGUGUUCUUCGGAAAGCAAGCAAAGGUUCAGGCCUCAGUCCGAAGGCACAGGUCCAACCACCACCAGAAUGGACAAGCGGAAAUGGCCUUAAUGAGGCUGUUGACUUGGCUGAAAUGCUGCGAAUCGAAUCCCAGGAUUGGUUCUUAGGAUUCGUGGAGAAAUUCUUGGAUGCUGAUGCGGACACAUCGGCUUUAUCAGACAAUGGUCAAAUAGCUGGGAUAUUGACAGAGCUCAAGAGUGUCAAUGACUGGUUAGAUGAAAUUAGUUCGAGCAAAGAUGAAAGAGAGACGCCCCAAGUUUCAUCAGAGACAGUUGAUCAUCUAAGGAAGAAAAUAUACGAGUAUCUUCUUACACAUGUUGAAUCUGCUGCUGCUGCUCUAGGUGGUGGGUCACAGUCGUCACCACCCAACCAAACAGCUGAAACAUGA